UUUCUGCUAUAGGUAUCGACUUCUUUCCGAUCGACCAUUUCACCUUCUUAUCUUCUUCUUCUUCUUCCAAUGGCUCUCCCCCUAAUACCCAUCUCACUCGUUAUCAUCCUCUUCAUUGCCUACAAGCUCUACCGACGGCUUAGAUUCAAGCUCCCACCGGGCCCUCGACCGUGGCCGAUCGUCGGCAACCUCUACAACAUAAAGCCAGUGCGAUUCCGGUGCUUUGCCGAGUGGGCAGAGGCCUACGGCCCCGUCAUAUCCGUAUGGUUCGGGUCGACGUUGAACGUGAUCGUGUCGAACUCGGAGUUGGCAAAGGAAGUGCUGAAGGUACAUGACCAGCAGCUGGCUGAUAGGCACAGGAAUAGGUCAACGGCUAGGUUCAGCAGGGAUGGGAAGGACCUCAUCUGGGCGGAUUAUGGACCUCACUAUGUGAAGGUCAGGAAGCUGUGCACCCUUGAGCUUUUCUCGCUCAAGAGGCUUGAGUCUCUUAGACCCAUUAGGGAAGAUGAGGUUACAGCCAUGGUUGAAUCCAUUUUCCAGGACUGCACCCAUCCUGAUAAUUCCGGUAAAAGUUUGCUGGUGAAGAAAUACGUGGGAGCAGUGUCAUUCAACCACAUUACAAGGCUGGCAUUUGGGAAGCGGUUUGUGAACUCAGAGGGGGUAAUGGACGAGCAGGGGUUGGAAUUAAAGGCAAUCGGCGCCAAUGGACUGAAGCUUGGUGCAUCACUUGCCAUGGCAGAGCACAUUCCAUGGCUUCGUUGGAUGUUCCCACUUGAAGAAGAGGCAUUCGCCAAGCACGGUGCAAGGAGGGAUAGACUUACUAGAGUUAUCAUGGAAGAGCACACUCAGGCACGCCUGAAGAGUGGUGGUGCCAAGCAGCAUUUUGUAGAUGCCUUGCUUACAUUGCAGCAAGAAUACGAUCUUAGCGAGGACACCAUCAUUGGACUCCUUUGGGACAUGAUCACUGCAGGCAUGGAUACCAUCGCAAUCUCAGUGGAAUGGGGCAUGGCCGAACUCAUCAAGAACCCAAGGGUGCAACAGAAGGCACAAGAGGAGUUAGACCGUGUCAUUGGGUUCGAACGCAUCGUGACUGAAGCUGAUUUUUCUAUCCUACCUUACCUACAAUGUGUAGCCAAAGAGGCACUUAGAUUGCACCCUCCAACCCCGCUGAUGCUCCCCCACCGAGCUAAUGCCAAUCUCAAAAUUGGUGGCUACGACAUUCCUAAGGGAUCAAAUGUUCUCGUAAAUGUUUGGGCCAUAGCACAUGAUCCAUCGGUGUGGAAGAAUCCGUUCGAGUUCCGCCCAGAGCGGUUCCUUGAGGAGGAUGUUGACAUGAAGGGCCAUGACUUCCGCCUACUUCCAUUUGGGGCUGGCCGGCGAGUGUGCCCUGGUGCUCAACUUGGUAUCAAUUUGGUCACGUCCAUGCUUGCUCACCUAUUGCACCAUUUUGUCUGGACACCACCCGAGGGGAUGAAGGCAGAGGAGAUUGACAUGUCAGAAAACCCUGGAUUGGUCACUUACAUGCGGACCCCGUUACAAGCAGUGGCAAUUCCCAGGUUGCCUUCACACUUGAACAAACGUGUGGCAGUCGACAUAUAAAUUUUGUUCUGUUUGUUGUUAUAUCCUCCUCAGUUCUUUUAGUAUUAUCAAUAAGUUUGAAUGAGAUUGUAGAAGGAUAAAUAUCAUUUGCAUUUAUCUUUAUUUUCCUGUACAAUUAUCGUGCCAGAUUUCAUCUC